UUUGGGAAAUGAAAUGUGCUUUUUUUAGAAAUCUUUAGGAUUUAAAGGCAAUCUGGAGGAUUCCGGCGUGGAUCCGGCGCAGGGGAUUGUUGGCCACCAUGGAGAACUUCUUCCAACGUCAUUUUAGGAAAUCGAGGCUCCCUAACGAAGAUAGAAGACCGAGCCUGGCGGUAUCAAAGGUCAGGCGCAAGUCAGGUGUCGGGGCGCCAUCGCUGGGGUUACUGACGCAGCGUAGGGCGUCCACUCAGUUAUGCCCAAACAAGAAAAAAGACGAGAAACGCAGGAAGUCCAGCACGGCUCCCGUUAAAGUAAACCCGCGUUUUGCCGUCCAGAGUAUUAAGAGGCAGACGCUGCGGUGCGGAAAGGUUCACAUCCUGGAAGAUCUGCUCUGGGAGGUAUGGAUGGAUUAUAAGUUUCUAAACCGGGCCGGUCUGCCAUCUUUCAACGCUGGUGGAGGCGACGGCUUUCGUUCCCGACGGGGGUCAUCCAGCAGCUGCAGUUCGGGCAGCGAAAUAGACACGUCCGGAUUAUCAAGGAAGGCGAUCUCCCGCUCUGGCCUUCAGCAUCUGGCUCCUGUGCACUGCCCCAGCCUGACCAUCUCCAACGGACCUCUCAAAGAACCUCGCACCACCCUGGACUGGAGUGAGAACGCUGUCAACGGAGAACACCUUUGGCAAGAAACAAAUGUGUCUGGAGAUCUAUGCUACCUAGGAGAGGAAAACUGCCAAGUCAAAUUCUCGAAAUCUGCCGUGCGGAGAAAGUGCGCCGCCUGCAAAAUAGUGGUUCACGUAGCCUGCAUGGAGCAACUAGAAAAGAUUAAUUUUAGAUGCAAGCCUACAUUUCGCGACGGAACUUCCAGGGCCCCAAGAGAGGUCAGACAUUUUUCUUGUUGUUCUAACCAGCAGAAUCUGGUGAGACAUCACUGGGUGCACCGCAGACGGCAGGAGGGGAAGUGUAAACAGUGUGGGAAGGGUUUCCAGCAAAAGUUUUCAUUCCACAGUAAGGAGAUCGUGGCCAUUAGCUGUUCCUGGUGCAAGCAGGCGUUCCACAACAAGGUGACCUGUUUCCUGUUGCAUCACAUAGAGGAGCCGUGCUCGCUGGGGGCUCACGCUGCUGUCAUAGUCCCUCCAAGCUGGAUCAUUAAGGUGAAGAAACCUCAGGUUAAUGCAAAAAAUUCCACUAAAAGGAAAAAAAGAACAUCAUUUAAAAGAAAAGCCAGCAAAAAAGGCUUUGAGGACAUUAAAGGCAGAGCCUUUAUCAUAAAACCUAUUUCUUCCCCGCUCAUGAAGCCUCUGCUGGUCUUUGUGAACCCAAAAAGUGGAGGGAAUCAGGGUACAAAGGUCCUUCAGACAUUUAUGUGGUUCCUGAAUCCGCGACAGGUCUUCGACCUUUCCCAGGAGGGGCCAAAAGAAGCAUUGGAAUUGUAUAGAAAAGUGCCAAAUCUACGUAUUCUUGCCUGUGGUGGUGAUGGGACGGUAGGCUGGAUCCUCUCUGUCUUGGAUGAGUUACAACUCAGCCCUCAGCCACCAGUAGCUGUAUUACCGCUUGGGACCGGGAACGACCUUGCUCGCACCCUUAACUGGGGAGGGGGAUACACGGACGAACCCGUCUCAAAGAUCCUGUGUCACGUCGAAGACGGCACCAUCGUGCAGUUAGACCGGUGGAACCUUCACGUGGAACGGAAUCCGGACGUGCUGCACGAAGAGAUAGAUGAUGGAACACAUAAGCUUCCACUAAAUGUGUUCAAUAACUACUUCAGUUUGGGGUUCGAUGCACACGUAACGCUGGAGUUCCAUGAAUCCAGAGAAGCAAAUCCAGAGAAAUUCAACAGUCGGUUUCGUAAUAAGAUGUUCUAUGCAGGGGCUGCUUUCUCUGACUUUUUGCAAAGAAGCUCCAGAGAUUUAUCCAAACACGUGAAGGUCGUGUGUGACGGCACCGACCUGACUCCCAAGAUCCAGGAACUCAAAUUUCAGUGCAUUGUCUUCUUAAACAUCCCCAGGUACUGUGCUGGCACAAUCCCCUGGGGCAAUCCAAGUGACCACAGAGACUUCGAACCUCAACGCCACGAUGACGGUUAUAUUGAGGUCAUCGGUUUCACAAUGGCCUCGCUGGCUGCCCUCCAGGUAGGUGGCCACGGCGAGAGGCUUCACCAGUGCAGGGAAGUGACUCUGCUAACGUACAAGGCCAUCCCUAUGCAGGUAGAUGGGGAGCCUUGCCGGCUCGCUCCCUCCCUCAUCCGGAUAUCUCUAAGGAACCAGGCUAACAUGGUACAAAAGAGCAAGAGGAGAACGUCGAUGCCCUUAUUAAACGAUAUCCAUAAAGUGCCCACCGCCGACCACAGACGCGUCUCCGCUCCCCCGGACUCCUUCACCGUCCCUCAUUCUGUGCCAGACCGGCUGCGCAUUCGAGUCAACAGAAUCCGCUUUCACGAGUACGAGGGUCUGCAUUACGACAAGGACAAGCUCAGAGAAGCCUCCAUCCCGUUAGGUAUAAUCGUGGUACGAGGAGACUGUGACCUGGAGACGUGCCGGAUGUACAUCGAUCGUCUCCAAGAGGAUCUCCAUUCCGUGACACACAGAGAUCACUGUCAGGAUAAUGAUAGCUCCUUCCCGAGGUUGCUCACGGCUCAGCGACUCAACCCCCGAUGGUGCUUCCUAGAUGCUACCUCUGCAGACCGGUUCUAUCGGAUCGACAGAUCUCAGGAACAUCUGCACUUUGUGACGGAGAUUUCACAAGACGAGAUCUUUAUCCUGGAUCCCAAGACAGCCGGGAGUCCGCCGGGCGGCGCGAGCACCGGGAUGCCGGACCUCGUGGUGGAGCAACCGUCUGGGCCCUCAGGCUGGUGGACCCCGACGAGCCGGAAACGCAUUGUGAGCGACAGCUGUGUGCUCGGAAAGGCAUCUCUGGACGAUAAGACCUCCGACGACGUGCCGGACUCCCCGCCGCACCGCGCUCUGCCAUCUCCGGUUUCAGCGGAGGAACAAGAUCUCGUCGAAGCGGUGAUAGCUGGAAAUCUGGCGAAGGUCACAGAAUGCUGUAACAAGGGGGCGAGCCUCAGGAUCCAGGGGCCGGAGAAACGCUCGCUGCUUCACGUGGCAGCCGCGGCCGGACACACAGAUAUAGUAAUAUACAUCUUACAGCAAGGGCCUGAAGAUUUGCUGGAACUGACAGACCGAUCCACCGGGGAGACGGCGCUGCACAAAGCCGCCCUCCGGGGCCACAGGCGGAUUUGCCAACUCCUGGUGGAGGCAGGAUCGUGCGUCGUAAAGAAAGACGCCACGGGAAAGACUCCUUACGACAAAGCCCAGGAGGCAGGGUACUCGGACCUGGCAUCCUACCUGGAGGAUUGCCAAGCCAAGCAACUCCUUUCUAACGAAGACCUGGAGACGGCGGUCUGAGGUGGGCAGCGGAUGAAGGAAUAAUUCCAGGAAGGGAUGAGAGACCCACAAGUGUUUCCACAAGGUUUCCUGGAGAGCGUCACCCCUUGAGGACCAAGCUGGGCGCUGGUGGCACCAAACCCUCGUGCAAAGCAACCGGCGGAAAGCGUGCUGACCAGUUUCUAAGGGCUAACGAGACUUGCCAAGGAACUGCCGCACUCUUGAUGCGUUGACGGAGGAGGAAGUGGGGUGUUGAAGGUCAAAGUUGGGGCUGACCCCUUGCUCCAUGUGGAACCCUCUCUGUUUUCCAACCAAAAGCAUGAUCCUGUCCAGUGUCUAUCUCCUCACUUUGGUCACAACUCACACAGCCCGGUUGGAAGGAAGAACUCGAAGGCCUGCACAGUGUUAUAAACCUUACAUCUGUUUCGGUAUCCGCAGAGCCGAGUUAUUAAAGUGGAAUAGACUGGA